CCAUCCUCGGGACGGUCCUGUCCGGUCCUGUCCUGUCCGGUCCUGUCCUGUCCGGUCCUGUCCUGUCCGGUGUCCCCAGCCCACCCGCCCCCCAGCAUGUCCCGGCCCGGCUGGGGCUACGGGGAGCACAACGGACCCAUUCACUGGAAUGAACUGUUCCCUAUUGCUGAUGGAGACCGGCAAUCUCCUAUUGAAAUCAAGACAAAGGAAGUGAAAUAUGAUUCAUCCUUACGGCCUCUCAGUAUUAAAUAUGAUCCAACGUCAGCUAAAAUCAUUAGCAACAGUGGCCAUUCCUUCUCUGUGGACUUCGAUGAUACAGAAGACAAAUCAGUGCUGAGAGGGGGACCCCUCUCUGGGACCUACCGGCUCCGGCAAUUUCACUUUCACUGGGGUUCUGCAGAUGAUCAUGGCUCUGAGCAUACAGUGGACGGAAUGGAAUAUUCAGCAGAGCUUCAUGUGGUUCACUGGAAUUCAGACAAAUACUCCAGCUUCGUGGAAGCGGCUCAUGAGCCUGAUGGUCUGGCUGUUCUGGGGAUUUUUUUAAAGAGAGGAGAACAUAAUUUGCAGUUGCAAAAAAUUACAGAUAUUCUGGAUGCCAUAAAAGAAAAGGGCAAACAAAUGCGGUUCACCAAUUUUGACCCGUUAUCUUUGCUUCCUCUGACUCGAGACUACUGGACAUACCCUGGUUCCCUCACUGUUCCACCUCUUCUAGAGAGUGUCAUCUGGAUCAUUUUUAAACAACCCAUAAGCAUCAGUUCACAACAGCUGGCCAAAUUCCGCAACCUCUUGUAUACUGCUGAGGGUGAGGCAGCUGACUUCAUGUUGAGCAAUCACCGUCCUCCACAGCCUCUGAAGGGCCGGAAAGUGAGAGCUUCGUUUCGCUCCUGAGCAUUGUUUAGGAAAUGAACUUAUUUUAAAUCCACUCUCUGUUCUUCUUUACAGCUGCACCUACUAGAGCCCCUUUUGGCUCCUGAGUUACAACAGCACAUUUAUUAAUAAACAAAGAUCUUUUGACCAGACUACCAAACCAAA